AGAGAGCACCGGCCGGCGACGGAAUUGCGUUUCUCUAGUGGGAUUCAUCAGGUUUUAUUUCUCAUUUUCUGACAGGUUUUAAGUGAUAAUGGGGAGGAGCUAUAGUUACAGCCCUUCACCACCAAGGAGUUAUGGUAGAAGGUACAGAAGCCCAAGUCCCGUGGACUACUACAGAGGUAGGAGUAGAGAUCCCCCGACCAGUCUACUGGUUCGCAAUCUCCGGCACGAUUGUAGGCAAGACGAUCUCCGUAGACCAUUUGGGCGGUUUGGUCGUCUCAAGGAUAUCUAUUUACCCCAUGUUCUUGUCAAAGUCGAAGUUAGUUCAGUGGCUUCGAAAAGGGAGCCUCGUGGGUUCGGCUUUGUGCAGUACUAUGAUCCUGCUGAUGCUGUAGAUGCAAAGUAUCAUUUAGAUGGCUAUGUACUCCUUGGACGUGAAAUUACUGUAGUAUUUGCAGAGGAGAACAGAAAGAAGCCCUCUGAAAUGAGAGAACGAUCAAGGGGCAGAACAUCGACAAGAUCUCCACAUGGUUACUCCCGGUCUCCUGGCUAUUCGCGUUCACCAAAACACAGGAGAAGCUAUUCACGAUCACCGAACUACAGAAGAAGCUCUUCACGUUCACCAAAUGAUGAUAGGUGUCAUUCAAGAUCGGUUUCCCCGGGGGAUAGGAAACGAUCAUACUCAAGGUCAAGCUCAAGGUCCCGGUAUGAAUCGAGAAGCAGAAGCCGGAGUCCCGGAUACUGAAGGUGACUAGAAGAAGGUGAUGGUGAAGAUGGGGUCUGGUGUUACACUCUGGGAUUUAGUAAUAUAUGAGUAAGCAUUUGUGUUAUAGUACUCUUUGAGAGUAAUGUGGAGGAACAAUAAAUCAUACUUGGAGUA